UCAGGAUUGAACCUGGGACCUCAGUACUGAGUACAUGACCUUUCUUCACCAGGGGAUCUGAAGCAGUGAUGCUAAAUCCCCAGACAGAGAGAAAGGAAUGUUGCAUGUCAAAGAUGGAGUCUUUCCAGUCCUUUACAUUUGGCCUCUGGAACGCUGCGAGAUUGUCCUGUGCUGUUCAGCGCAUCUGCCCUUUGGGGAUCGUCCGAUCUUUCUCGACGUGGGAAAAACCGUCACCAGGAGAGCCUGGUAAGGAGAACAGCGAAGAGUUGCCUUGUUCGCCGACAGAUCAUAGGCUUGAAACCGCUGAGCACGAGGGGGCUGUUCAGCCAACCCUGAAGCCACUCUAUAAAACCCAUAAGGAUCGCACUCCUCAGAGCAAAUUCUGGCAGAAAUUUCACACAAAGACUGUGCCGUCCAGCGGGGAGGAGCUCCGGAACCUGAGGAACGACGAUUUCCCUGAGGAGAAGAGAAAGCUCUUGCAAAAGCCUGUCCCUGUGGAAAGGACCAAAGGCUCGGAGAUCUUGUUCGGAAUCUCCCCCUGUUCCUUGGCUCUGAUGAGGUCAAAGAGGAACUUUUCCCAGCUCUUCCUCAAGGCCGGCAGCAGUGGGAUGUCACCUGCGCUGAAAGAAUUCUCCCGGCGCGCCAAGGAGUGUGGAGUCCCAGUGAAGAUGGUUCGCCGGAAGGUGCUGGAUGCCCUUUGCAAGGGAGGUGUCCACCAGGGGGUUUGCCUGGAGGCCACGCCCCUUCGCCCCACUGGCUGGCAGGAAGGGCUGUCCCCUGGGGCUGAGGGGGCCACUGUUGGUGAGGGCUCGCAGCUCCUCUGGCUGGCUUUGGAGGGGAUACAAGACCCCAUGAACCUGGGGGCCGUCCUGCGGACUGCUCACUUCCUGGGCGUUGACGGGAUUGUGAUGAGUCAAAGGAACAGCUGCCCCCUGACACCAGUGGUCAGCAAAGCUAGCUCUGGGGCCAUGGAAGUUUUAGAUGUGUUUACCACUGAAGAUCUUCAGAGCCUUCUUAAGGCAAAAUCGGAUCAAGGAUGGGAAGUCCUUGGGACAGUCGGCUACAAGAAGGUCCAGGAUGCCGUCCCCACUGUGAGCUGCUUAGAUUUCCGCUGGACGAGACCCACCAUAUUGUUACUAGGAAAUGAGGGGUACGGCCUUUCUCCGGAGACGAGAAGCUUGUGCCAAAGGAUGUUGACCAUUUCCCCCGGGAGAGAGCUACAGCCUGGCAUUGAGUCAUUAAAUGUGUCCGUCGCGGCUGGCAUUCUCUUGCACUCCAUAUGCAGCCAGAAAGAAAAAGCGCAGUGAAAAGCUUUCGUUUUUACAAGGUGGGAAAAAGAAUGGGGACAGCCUUUAAGGAAGUUACCCCGACAAUCUGUGAUUGAAGGUGGGGGGCACUUCCGUCAAGAAACAUUCUGGGCAAGAAAGAAAGAACUGGGGUGCAAGCUUAACUCCCCCUCCAUCGCCAGAAGAGCGUUGCUUACCAGCACGGUCACCGCUGCAUCCAUAGUCCUGAUGCUUACAGCAGCUGUGGCUGGGGAUGGAAAGAGCUUCAGUUUCAGUUCUCUCUGUUCCUCAUUUUUCCAAUACAUUUCUACAGCGAUCUGUGAAUUUUUUUUAAAAAAUCCUCAUGAAAAUUCACCAUUUUAGUGCAAAUUUCUCCAAAUUCAAAGGUACACACUUUUGCAAGCCAUUUCUCAUCAUUUCAUGCCUUUUUGCAUAUUAUUGUCACUCGUUUUUAUGCACGCUAUCUCCUAAUAUACGUGCUUUUGUAAAAGUUGUUUAGUUGGCGAACUGCCUCUCAUAAUUCUAAUAAAUGCGAAUUUUGAAGGAUGGCUGUGUUUCGGUUCCCAUAGUGUUUCAAAAAUUGCAAAUUUGAUAAAUUCUGCUUGAAAUGCGAAUGGAAUUGAAAUUCUCACCCAUCCCUAGCUGUGGCUGAUGCUGGACAAGUGAGCCCGAUGCUGUUGCACAAUGGCAGUGAAACCGGCUCAGGUUUCUGGGCUGGCUGAACCCAUUCCUGCCCUCGGUGCACCCCAUUUUGGGGUCAUUUGUUGGCUACCGAUGCAGCCCACCCCCCUGCAUGUAGCAGGCUGCAUUAUUGAUAAGACUGCAAGUGAAACCUUUAUCUCUUUUCUUUUCCUGUGCUACAGAAGUCUGAUUUGGUUCCCCCCCCCUUUUAAUAGAACGUUAUAAAGGAGACAGGAAUUGGUAGAUUUCCCCCUGCUUUUUAGGUUUUCAAGAAGGAAGGACUGUAUUCUGGCCACUAGGGGGCAGCAAUGAUAUGCAUUUUGGUUUACUUCACUGUGGGUGAGAGAGACUGAAUAGUUUGUAGCAAGAUAUUAGAAUAUCCGUUCUUGUUUCUAGAAGGAAAUGAGACUAAAACUCAUUUCUUUAGCCUUGGUAUGUAGAGCUGAUUUUCCAUCCAUCCAUAUAUAUAUUGUGUGUGUGUGUGAUUCAUUCUUUUGUACCCCAUCACAUGAAAAGCCCAAUUUUUUAUAAAAAAAAUGGAAUGCAUGUUCGAGGCCAACGAUUUCAUCUUAUGAUUACUUACGACUAUUUAGAGGAUUUCUGAUUUCCUUUUAAGAUAAAC